AUGCAGGGCUCCCGCUGCGGCUCUGAGCGCCCACACUUCGGGCUGAGCCCCCGCCGCAACGUGGACACCCUCCGGCAUCCACCGGGGGCCUCCGCGUUCCACCCAGAUGUUCAGAAACGCCGCGGGGCCCUAACAUCUGGAGAGGGGGCCACUCUCCCUGGCCUGAGGGUCCCGGGCUGGGAGAGGGGCUGGAGUCAGGACAGUCCAGGGGGCCACGCCAAGGAAAGCCUGGGAGGGGAUCCGGGGCUGGGUGGAGAGGCGGCCGGGGGCAGGCAGCCACCUGACCACCAGCGCCGCGGGGAAGGGGCGGGUUCACGCGGGAAGCUCAGCCCGGCCCGCUCCCGCCCGCGUGGGCGCCCGGAGCCCACGGUCCGCGAGGCCCCGGGAUCCGGGGACCCGCGCCUCCGCAGGUCCGGGGGACGAAGGGGCCCAGUACGCACCUCCCCGGAGCGCCCCACCGCCGCCGCCACCGCGUCUGCUCGGCCCCCGCGUGGCGCCGUCCCCGGCUGCGGCCCUCGGAGCUGCCCUGAAUGGUUUAAAGGGCCGAGCAGCCCCUCCCCCGGCGCCCCGGACCGAGCCGCGCCGCCCGCCGGGACGUGGAGUCCGCGCCGCCCUAGCCCUGGCGCUCGCGCCCAGCCGGGAACUACAACUCCCGAGCCCCCGCGCCCGCGUCACGCUGGAAGGGUGGGCGGUGCCCCGACUUCUGGGGACCUGGACGCCGAGGGCGGUGGCAUGGGACCCCAGCGGAGGCUCUGA